AUGUCGACGGUAGCAGUUCGGACAAAUCCGCAUUUAUUUGCCCGGCGCAAAUCCCGCUUUGGCUGCCGCAACUGCAAGCUCCGCAAGGUCAAGUGUGAUGAGACGCGGCCACACUGCACGAAAUGCAGCAAGUACGGUGUCCUGUGCAAUUUCACUCUUACGGUUCCAGAUCUGCAGCCCAUAUCCGAGAAGAGAAGCGGCCCAAGCAAGCACCAGCUGGCUGAGAUUGUAGGGGACGCAGGAGAGGCAGCAACUGCAGACAAGCCGAGUACCACGUCCAACAACACGGAACACGCACUGCAACUUCGCCGACGACCGCCCCCGACCAUCCGAAGUGCGCCCAGCAAUGGCAUCUGGGCCAACGAUGGCCACACGCAGUACAUGCUCGACACACAGGACUGUAUUCUCUUUACCAAGUUCCGUAACCGGACUCUCUACUCGCUCGGCGGACAAGCCAUGGUAGACAUCUACGAGAACUACAUGCUCGAAAAAUGCUUUACACACCCAUUCCUCAUGCACGGCACGCUCGCCGUUGCCGCCGUGCACGACCGCUAUCUCUUGGACGAGCCGAGCAGCACGUCCGUCGCUCCGUACUGGCCAAGCAGGUCAAGCACACGGGCUGGUCGUGAGCUCUUCCACGUCGCCCGCUGCACGUCGCUCUUCAACGACUGGCUCAGCCAGCCCAUGACCGAGGACCGCAAGGACCCGAUCUGGUCGGGCGCCGGUAUGCUGUCCAUCCUCACGUUUGCAUCCUCGACAGCCAGGAGACCUGAAGAUGCGUGGCCGCUGGGCCCGCCGGAGCCGUCCUCCGACCUCGAGUGGCUGCGGUUGGGCGCCGGCAAGAUGACGCUGUGGCAUAUGCUCAAUCCGAUGCGCGAGGGCAGUGUGUUCCGGCCCAUGUUUCAGGUGCUCGGCGACCUGCACGGGAAAUCGGCGCCAAUGCCGCGCAUGGGCAACGAGGGCUUGCUGCCGGACCUGGCCCGGAUCUGUGGCAUCGACGAGUACUCGACACGCGAAACCAACCCAUACUUUGUCGUGGCCCAUUCGUUAUCACGACUCCUGUCACUCUCCUACGACAACGCCUCUCUCGGCAAAGUCCUCAUGGUGGCCAGCAAGAUGCACGACGCUUUCGAAGUCUUGCUGCACCAGCGCGAUCCAGUCGCUCUCCUGCUUCUCUGCCUCUGGUAUGGCAAAGCUGCGCAGUGCAAAUGGUGGAUUGCCUUUCGGACGCGAUACGAAAUCCCCGCCAUCUGCCAGUAUCUCAACGUGUGGCAUGCUGACAAGGUGGCCAUUCACAAGUUAUUGCGACAGUUUGGAAUACCAGAGCGAGAUUAUGUGCAAUUAUGUGCAAUAUAA